GCCCGUGGGGCUGUGGCACGGGGGCCCGUGUGCGUGUGGACACACGCGGCCCGUGGGUUCUGCUUGCGUGGGGCGGCCUCGCGCGUGGCCUGUGGUCACUGCCCGCGGGGAGCCAGCCGUCGGCCUUCGCAGUCCCUCCCCGGGGUGUCGCAGCCCCGGGAGGGCGGCGGGGCGUCCGCGCUGGCCGGGUGAGGGCCUAACGGCGGGGACCCGCUCCGGGUCGCGCGGCUGGGAGGUGGAGUCCCGCGGCAGUGCCCACGCCCCCGAGCUUGCGCCUUCCUGGCGGUGGGGACAGGACGAGGCAGGGUCCGAAAGCCAGGGUGGUGGCUUCCACUUGCGGGAGCUCGAGACCGCCGCGCCCUGACCAAGGCGUUAGGAGUCAGGGCAGUGGUUAGCUCCGGUCACCUGUGCUUCACCUGUGGAAGAGGAUCAGUCGAGCACUUGUCGUGUGUCCUGUCCGUAAAAAGCUUUCUGGGGACAGGUUCCCGGCUUGCUGUGCAGAGAACGCACCAGGGGCCUGGCGGGUAAAGGAAGAAGCAGGAGAGUGAGGGGCCGGACGGUCACCUGGGGACAGGGAAGCAGGGCUCCGAAGAGGGACAGACGCCCCCAUGGGUCACGCAGCCAGCCAGCCUGGUCUUUGUGAGCUGAGGACAGCUGGAGACAGGGUGAGGGUCCCCAGCCCGAGGAGCCGGAAGCCCGGAGCCGCCCCGCUCCUCCCAGACAGGAGAGCCUGUCCGCCAGCUCUGGCUGCCCGGCUCUCAGGCUGCUGGCAGUUUCCAUCCCAGAGGGCACAGGGGCAGCCAAAGCUGGGGCCUCAGGACACCCGCGCCCUCCCUGUCUCCCCCUCCCUCCUCCUGCAGCCCUUCCCCCAUCCCCCACCUGUCCCCUCUGCGGAGAGACCCCAAGGGACUUCUGAGACCCUGGCUCGGGCAGCCAGCCGGAGAGGGGCUACAGACAGCUGCUUCCCAUCCGUCCCCUCACCUGCCUGUCCCCCACCAUCUGAGGGAUGUCAAGACGGGCCCUGGAGGAGGAUGUCCUUGGCCCCGGGCCCUCAGCAUGUGCCUCCCCUACUUGGAAUACGCUUCCUGAGACACCUCCCUCUAGCUCCCUCCGUCAUCAGUGUUGUUCCCUGCUCACUUCCUCCAGACCCUUCCUGGACUGCACAGACAAGGGAUGGUUGGUCACCCUACUUAGGAUUUAUCUGCCAUCCCCAUCAGCCGGAAGGAGAUCUCCCGGCACCUGCCUGCCUUGCUGCUAACGCUUCAGUCAUCCACUCAACGCCUUCAUUCAGCAAGUGUUGUGUAAGCAUCUACGACCCAGCAGGUCCCCUUCCCGGAGCGGGGAACAUAGCAGCCAGGACGGUGGGUGGAAAUCCAUGUCCUCGGAGAGCUGACGUUCCAGGAAGGGCAAGGGACAGUAAGCCGCUAGGGGUGAGGCUGGCACUGAGGGGGUCGGCCAGGGAUGCUGAUCAGCCCCCAGAGUGCCCAGAAGACGCCCACAGAGAACAACCCCGCCCAGCGUCCGCAGCAACGAGGGGCAGAGACCCUGCUCCAACGUUAUUCUGACAAGCUCCCCCAGAAUCCUGCGAGGGCAGGGACUCCGUCGCAGCCACUUGUCACCCUCAGAGGUGACGCGGAGCGAGGCAGGGCUGAGACAAGUCUUGGGGAUGAAAUUACAAGCGCGUAUCCCCAUCCACCAGGCACUCAGAGCUGGGGGCGGGGGCUGUGCCCUGCACACUCUGGCCUCUCUCACCCACCUUGUGCAGCUGGCUCUUUCCAGAGCCCACCCAGGGUGUCCAAGGAGUGGGGUUACUUGUGCACGAGCUCCUGCUAUCGAGGGAGGCGUGGCGGGGCGUGUGAACUCCCCGGCGCUGGAGCCCACCGCAGUCCUCGACGUGCAGACGCUGGCUGUUUGAGUCUCCAAACGGGCAGGUCCAAGCAGAGUCGAGUCCUGUCGCAUACUCUCCCGUGGUUCUAAAUCCUUGUGGAGCCUUCAGAGGGCGCCCGGCACUUUCGUCUUCGGCUCUGGAGUGAACCACCUGCAGACAAG